AUGGCACGAGGAAGAAAGCCGGCGAGAAGGGAGGUGGAGGAAGAAUAUGAUGCCGAGGGUAAAGGGAGAGUUGAUGCAGUUGAGCCUGUGGAGGAGGAGGAGAAGAAGCGUGGUAGGAUUGAAGAGAUUAGGGAGAAGGGAGAGGAUGAUGCUGGGGUUUCGGGGGAGGAGACUGAGAAAGGCGGUGAUUCUGUCAAUGGAGGUGGGUUUUCUGUGGAAAGUAGGCAGAGAACUCGUCGGGUGAGAAAGGUGAGUUAUGCUGAAGUUUUGAGCGAAGAGGAUAGUGACGUUUUAGUUAAGAAGCGUCGGAGGAGAAGGAAGUUAUCUGCUGGAGGGAAUUGUGGUGUUAAGAAGACUAUGAAAGUUGGGGAAAAAAAUAGGUUGGUAUCGGAGCAACAAAUUGUUGGCGUUUCUGAGGAGAGGAUACUGGAAAGUCCAAUGAAGAAGCGUGGUAGAAAGAGAAGGAAUUUAUCUACUGGAGGAAAUAGUCGUGUUGAGAAGAAUGAGAAAGUUGGGGAAAACAAUGGGUUCAGUACAGAGGAAGGAAUUGCUCAGGAUGCAGAUAAGGAGAUGAUUCUGGAAAGGACUCAAAAGAAGCGCGGGAGGAAGAGGAGGAAUUUAUCGUCUGAGAAAGGUGGUGGAGAAAGUUGUGGUGCUCAGCAGAAGGAGAAAUGGAUUGAAGAGGAGUCCUUAAUGUGCCAUCAAUGUCAGAGGAAUGAUAAAGGCCGGGUUGUUCGGUGCACAAGUUGUAAGAGAAAACGAUAUUGUAUCCCUUGCCUGGAUAGAUGGUAUCCAAAUAUGGAGAAGAAAGCUGUUGCAGAGGCUUGUCCAGUAUGCCGUGGAAAUUGCAAUUGCAAAGCAUGCUUACGUUUGGACGUACCUGUUAAAAAUUUGAAGAACCAAGAAUUAAUUGUGAGUGAAGAUGAGAAAUUUGAGCACUAUAAGUACUCCCUACAAAUACUUGUUCCAAUUUUGAAACGGCUUAAUGAAGAACAGAUGAUUGAGAAGGAAAUGGAGGCUAAAAGACAAGGUUUAUCACUUCCACAGUUAGAGAUAAAACAAACAGAUUGCCCUAUUGAUGAGCGUAUGUACUGCAACAACUGCAAAACUUCCAUAUAUGAUUUUCACAGAAGCUGUCCUAGUUGUUUUUUUGAUCUUUGCCUUAUCUGUUGCCGAGAGAUUCGUGAUGGAAAUAUGCUGGGAGGUGAGAAAGAAGUGAUUGUGCAGUAUAUUAACCGUGGGCUUGACUAUUUGCAUGGUGGAGAGGGAAAAGCAGUGGAAUUACCUACUGAGACUAGGCUGCUGGAUCAUAUAAAGUCGAAAUUUGAGUGGAAAGCAGAAGAAGAUGGCAGCAUCCUGUGCCCCCCAGAAGACAUGGGUGGUUGUGGUCAUGGCACUCUAGAAUUGAGAUGUAUGUUCUCUGAAAAUCCCAUUGCAGAGUUGGUGAAAAAUGCAGAAGAAAUAGCUGGAACUUACAAACUUAUGGAUGUGGCUGCAACUCCUUUACAGCGGUGUUUGUGUUUCAAUUCUGUGGGUGAAAUUGACUUGAGCAAUGAUAGGCUGCGGAAAGUGGCUUCUCGAGAAGAUUCUGAUGACAACUAUUUGUAUUGCCCAAGGGCCCAAGAUAUACAUGGGGAUUUGAAGCAUUUCCAGUGGCAUUGGAGCAGAGCUGAACCUGUGAUUGUGAGCAAUGUGCUUGAAUCUGCUUCUGGUUUAAGUUGGGAACCUGAUGUCAUGUGGCGUGCAGUCCGUCAAAUGAAACAUGCUAAGCAUGGUAGGGAGUUGGAAGUAAAGGCUAUUGAUUGCUUGGAUUGGUGUGAGAGCGAUGUCAAUAUCCACCAGUUCUUUACUGGGUAUAGGGUUGGUCGUCCUGAUUGGCUUUGGUGGCCCCAAAUACUAAAACUGAAAGAUUGGCCUCCAUCUAAUUUAUUUGAGGAACGAUUGCCACGCCAUGGUGCUGAGUUUCUUUGUUGCUUACCCUUUAAGGAAUAUACACAUCCUCGUAAGGGCCUUUUAAAUAUCGCAGCCAACUUGCCUGAGAAAUCUCUGAAGCCGGAUAUGGGCCCCAAGACUUAUAUUGCUUAUGGAUUUCCUCAGGAGCUUGGCCGUGGGGACUCUGUCACUAAGCUUCAUUGCGACAUGUCUGAUGCGGUAAAUGUUUUGACACACACCUACAAAGUGCAAUUUAAAUCUGAGACUCUAAAGGCUGUAGAAAAGUUGAAAAGGAAGCACUUUGAGCAAGACCAAAAGGAAAUCUUUGGGGAUUUUCAGCCUAUGGAUGAAAAGGUUGAGAGUAACAUUUCUGGUGGUUUGUCUUGUCCAGUUACUGCUAAUGAUAAAGAAUUUGGUGGUGUACUGGGGAAUGAAGACAAAGAGUUAGGCAUUAAAGAACCAGCUGAUCCUAUUAUUCAACUUGCUGGUGAUUCAAGUAUGAAUCGGACAGAAUUUUCAAGUGGACCAGAGAUGGGAAAGACUGAAGGGGCCAUCUUGGAUCAAAUUUACAAUGCUGGGAAUGGUCUUACAAUUUCUGGAAAUGAUGUGGACAGGUUAGAAGCUUCUGAGGGUGGUGCCCUUUGGGACAUUUUCCGGAGACAAGAUGUACCGAAACUGCAGGAAUAUCUUAAGAAGCAUUUCAGGGAAUUCAGGCACACCCACUGUUGUCCAGUGCCACUGGUUGUUCACCCUAUACAUGAUCAGACCUUUUAUUUGACUGUGGAUCACAAAAGAAAGCUCAAGGAGGAAUAUGGGAUUGAACCAUGGACAUUUGUCCAAAAUCUUGGAGAUGCUGUCUUUAUUCCUGCUGGCUGUCCUCAUCAAGUAAGAAACUUAGAGUCAUGCAUAAAGGUUGCACUAGACUUUGUCUCACCUGAAAAUGUUGCCGAGUGCAUCCGUUUGACGGAGGAAUUCCGUACAUUACCCCAUAGUCAUCGGGCUAAGGAGGACAAGUUGGAGGUGAAGAAAAUGGCUGUUCAUGCUCUUAGCCAGAUUGUCAAAAGUUUGGAGCAGAAAUCAAGGCAUUUGUUUUAA